CUUCCCCCUCUCUCAGAUAUUCCAGACCAGUGCUCUCCGUCUCCCUGUAAUCCUCGAGGUACGGUGCGCUGUGAGGACAAAAAGGGUGACUUCCUCUGCCACUGCUUCACUGGCUGGACAGGAGUCCGUUGUGAGAAAGAUGUCAACGAGUGCAACAAGAGGAAUGGAGGAUGUGACCACGAGUGUAACAACACUAUGGGUAGCUACCAUUGCUCCUGUCGCCGUGGUUAUAUGCUGGUCGGACGCCAGAUGUGUAACGACGUGGAUGAGUGCCAGGAUCCAGGUAUGUGUGGGACAGCGAGGUGUGUGAACCAGGAUGGAGCCUAUGACUGUCUGUGUGAGACUGGAUACGUUUACGACAACAACACCAAGACCUGCCUAGAUGUGGACGAGUGUGAGCAGGGAGUGUGUGAGGAGUGUGUGAACACACCCGGUAGUUUCCGGUGUUUCUGUGACGGUCGGCAGGGCAAGAAGUUGAGCCACGACCUCAGGAGCUGUCAGGAGAUCACUACAUGUGUGUCUCUCACCAUGAAGAGGAACUCCCGUUCUCUCUACCUGGGCCGGAUGUUCAGCGGUGUUCCAGUGGUCAGGCUACGCUUCCGCAGGAGAGUCCAGACUGGCUUCUCAGCUGAGUUUGACCUCCGUACCUUUGACCCGGAGGGGGUCAUCUUCUUCGCUGGUGGUCACCUGAACAGUUCCUGGAUUGUUCUGGCAAUGCAUCAUGGGAAGCUGGAGCUGCAGCUGAGGUACGGGGCGGUCAGCCGGGUCACCAGCAGCGGGCCCGUCGUCAACGACGGACAGUGGAGAAAGAUCUCAGUGGAGGAGCAGGGGCGGAGUCUGGUGAUAAAGAUUGACAGGGAGGCGGUGAUGAAGAUAGCUGUGAAUGGAGAUCUGUUCACCCUGAAGAAAGGCUUGCAUGAACUCAACCUGACUGUAGGGGGCGUCCCUUUCAAAGAGGACAGUCUCAUCAACCAGGUGAACCCGAGGUUUGAUGCCUGUAUGCGCGAGUGGCGCUGGUUAACAGGAGAGGAUACGUCCAUUCAGGAGACCAUCAAGUCUAAUGACAACAUGCAGUGUUUCAGUACAGAAAACCCCGGAACCUAUUACCCUGGGACAGGCUUCGCUCUGUUCAACAUCACAUACGCAGAGUCCCAGUCUCUGAGUAUCCAGCUGACUCUGAGACCAGCCUCCACUGUUGGGGUUCUAUUGGCUCUGGUUUAUCAGGACAGCGUGCCUCUCUCCAUCUCUCUCUCCGACUACCACAGAGACAACCAGGAGUGGCGGGAGUAUGUCCUGGUCGCUGUGGGUGAUGUGAUCGUGGCCAGCGCCCCGGCCUUCCUGUGUGAUGCAGAGGUUCAUGAGGUCAAUGUGACGGUCAGUGGGAACCUGACCAUACUAGAGGUGGACGGUCAGCCUGGACAGAGUCACACCACACCUGGACAGGAGACGGUUGACCUCAGUCUGCCUUCAACCACCUUUAUAGGAGGGCUCCCCGACGUGCCCCUGGUGUCGACCCUUGUGUCGUCUUUCUACCACGGCUGCAUGGAGGUGACGAUCAACGGCCUGGGUCUGGACCUGGACGAGGCCUUCCACAAACACAACGACAUCCGCUCCCACUCCUGCCCUCUGCUGGGGGGGGCCUUGUGACCGCUGCAGUCCCCUUCAGCCCCGUCCUCACUGGAGUCGGGGGAAGUUGCCCCUAGACACUGAUCUUGGGUCAGUUUGACAUUUCCCCCCACAAAUGGUUAAGGUUAGGAUUAGGGGGAGUGGAAGCUGAUCCUAGAUCUGUAGCAAGGGGAAACUUCACCCCUGUCCACUACAGUCCACCAUAACCCACAGGGCCUUAACCUAAGCAAGGAAUGAGUCCCAAAUAGCACUCUAUUCCCUAUAUGACCCCUAUGGGUUCUGGUCAAAACUAGUGCACUAUUUAGGGAAUAGGGUGCCAUUUGGGAUGUACCCAGGAGCUGGCCGAGUGGCCAACCCUUCUCCCGACCAACCCUUCUCCCGACCAACCCUUCUCCCGACCAACCCUUUUCCCGACCAACAACCCUUUUCCCGACCAACAACCCUUUUCCCGACCAACAACCCUUUUCCCGACCAACAACCCUUUUCCCGACCAACAACCCUUUUCCCGACCAACAACCCUUUUCCCGACCAACAACCCUUUUCCCGACCAACAACCCUUUUCCCGACCAACAACCCUUUUCCCGACCAACAACCCUUUUCCCGACCAACAACCCUUUUCCCGACCAACAACCCUUUUCCCGACCAACAACCCUUUUCCCGACCAACAACCCUUUUCCCGACCAACCCUUCUCCCGACCAACAACCCUUCUCCCGACCAACAACCCUUCUCCCGACCAACAACCCUUCUCCCGACCAACAACCCUUCUCCCGACCAACAACCCUUUUCCCGACCAACAACCCUUUUCCCGACCAACAACCCUUUUCCCGACCAACAACCCUUUUCCCGACCAACAACCCUUCUCCCGACCAACAACCCUUCUCCCGACCAACAACCCUUCUCCCGACCAACCCUUCUCCCGACCAACAACCCUUCUCCCGACCAACAACCCUUCUCCCGACCAACAACCCUUCUCCCGACCAACAACCCUUCUCCCGACCAACCCUUCUCCCGACCAACCCUUUUCCCGACCAACCCUUUUCCCGACCAACCCUUUUCCCGACCAACCCUUUUCCCGACCAACCCUUUUCCCGACCAACCCUUUUCCCGACCAACCCUUCUCCUGGACAUUCACUCAGUCAUUCUACUCUCAGCGUGAUUGAAUGUAGGAGCAGCACUCUCACAUCUGAGGUUGCAGGUGCGUAGGAGAAUUCAGUGAUAUCUUGAAAAGAAAAAUCCAAUAUCUCACACUGCUCUUGCCAGUAUCUUUUAGUGUAAUAAGCUUAUGUAUCGGGCUCACGGCCUUCGUCAGAGCUAACGGUGAUCAAACUGGAUCCAUAAGUGGAAUAGCUGGCAGUACUCCAGAAGAGGUUUGGUAAACUGACCCAGUCCCGUGUGUAUUCAGUAGCACAAGGCUUUGUUGUUGUAAAACUUGCACACCAUCGCAGGUAAAAAUGGACUGAGUUUAAUAAAAACAUCUGUUCGGUGCUUUCCAACUUAAUGCAAACUUAGUUUACCUGCAAUUUAGCUCUGCACACUGCCUACAGAUUACAACAUAGGGCUAGGCCUUCUCUUAAUAUGACCCCAUUAAAAAAACCUUCCUUACCCUCCCAAACCAUGCUUCUAGUCCUCUACAGUUACAGCCGACCACCCUCAGCCAAUGAAACACUCCAUAAUGUCCCCCUUUCACAUGCCCCUCCCUCCUUCCCUCAGUAUCACCAAUCAGCACACGCCAGGAACACACUUUAAGCCAAUCAGAUGAGGCUAAUUAACAUGCAGUAACCAAUCAGACACACAGGGGGAGGGCAUCAAGAGCACUGCUUCACCACACUGAGCUACUGAGAGAAUAGGAGUGUAAGCGCUGUAAUAUACUGUAUGUGUAAAUAAUGUGACUAAAUGCUUUUUAGAAAAAAUACGAAAGAAAGAAAAAAAACGACCUCAACGCAUCAAGAUAAUCAUCCAAAACGGUUUCACUUCUCUAAAGAAUGUCAGAAGAACAUAAUCUUUCAUUAUUUCAUUAGGCCAGAAAGGGCUGCGGUAUUUCCUCCUCUGGGAUCUAGAGUUUCUGAUGAAUUUCACAAUGGAGCGGUUGAUGGAGGUUUUCUCUUCUGUGUUAUUAUACUAUAGGUUUGUUGGGCUGGUGAUUUGUUCACCUGUCUUUUUAGUCUUUACAUCCCUGAUCACAACAAUUCAGUCUGUUUGAAAACUUAAUAAAGAUGAUGGCAUGGAGUUUUAAAACUGGUUGUGGAGAGAUUUAU